AUGAAAGAAGUCCUUUAUCCAGUCAAGGUAGGCAUAAUAAGAAUUAUCAGUGGCAAGCCAGAUGACUUCAUGAAGCAGGGCCAUGGCAUGCUCCUGCUCUACACCCUGAAGAACCCCUCCUUCCCAGAGUACUCCUUCAGCAGUGAGAGUGGUGUCAUGUGCCUGGACUUCCACAGUGACCACCCCUACCUCCUGGCAGUGGGCUUCUAUGAUGGCAACGUGGCCAUUUACAACCUGAAGAAGGCAAGCUCCCAGCCCAGCUACAGGAGUAGUGCUAAGUCAGGAAAGCACACAGAGCCAGUGUGGCAGGUCAAGUGGCAGAAGGAUGACAUGGAUAACAAUUCCAACUUCUUCUCUGUCUCCUCGGAUGGGCGGAUUGUUUCAUGGACUUUAGUUAAGAAUGAGCUGGUUCACAUGGAUGUCAUCAAGCUGUCAGCAGAUGAAACAACGAUGCAGGGGCCAGAGGGGCUGCAGCUGCAAACUCUUGGCAGCGGGACAUCAUUUGAUUUUCACAAAAAGAUAGACUAUUUGUUUCUCGUUGGUACUGAAGAGGGCAAGAUCUAUAAGUGUUCAAAAACAUAUUCAAGCCAGUUUCUGGAUGUGUUUGAAGCCCAUCACAUGGCUGUGGACUCAAUCAGCUGGAAUCCCUUCCACUUGAAAGUCUUCAUUUCCUGCAGCUCUGACUGGACAGUCAAGAUCUGGGAUCACACCAUCAGGACUCCAUUGUUUGUUUAUGACCUGAGUACUGCUGUAGGGGAUGUUGCAUGGUCUCCUUACUCCUCCACAGUGUUUGCUGCGGUCACCACUGAUGGCCAGGCCCAUGUGUUUGAUCUGAACAUUAAUAAGCUUGAACCUCUCUGCAGCCAGCUAGUGGUGUCCAGGAAGAAAAAUAAAACAACACACGUCCAAUUUAAUCCUGUCGAUCCUAUUAUCAUUGUUGGAGAUGAACGAGGCCUCAUCACCUGCUUGAAGCUCUCUCCCAAUCUGCGCAAGAUGCCCAAGGAGAAGAAAGGCCAGGAGGUGAAGAAAGGACCCGAGGUGGAAAUAGCAAAACUGGAGAAGCUGCUCAGCCUGGUGAGAGAGCCAGGGAGCAAGGAAGAGCAGUGA